GGCAGUGGGCCCGCAACCUCCGCUAUGUCCGGCCGACGCUUGUGCGCCUUCGCGCUACUCGCGCUCGCGGCAACAGCACACGCGCUCAUAGACGAAACUCUAGACGUGCUGUUUCUGAGUAAGGAGAUCGGCGAAAAAGUGCUCAGCUCGUGGGAUAUCAUAGGAAAACCUUUCAAUGCGACCGGAGGCGUCGAACUUCCGAUCAUUAGGAGAAGGGAGAAACAAAUUUUGGCGCGGUUGGCUCAAGUGUCGCGGGACAUCGAGAGGCUGGAGUUACACAUGGACCAGACGAGCGCCGUGGCCAUGCUGCUGGCUAAGAGCGGGGGAGACGCGAAGCUCGAGUUGAGACUACAAGAGAUAUCCGACCUGCUGAGCAGGGUGGCGUCGGCGAAUAGACAGAUGCGGGAAUACGUGAGGCUGCAGGAAAGCCUAGAGAGGAGCACGCUGGUUGAUUUCGCCGAGUGGUGCGUGUCGCAUGAUCCCAGCGCGCUGCCGGGGCUGCUGGAGCGGGUGCACGCGUUGGUAUCACCCCCGCACCACCACUUGUUGGGGCGCAGUAUACUGCAAUUACUUUUGCAUGACCUUCAGGAGGAGCAUCCCGACUUAUGCGAGUUGCAGUUGUCACCACACCAGCUGAUAUACGACACAUAUAACACCAUAUCUCUCACUGAAAUCAAGGGGUACGCCAUGAUGCAGUUCUCGUGGAUGCUACUCAGAAUAUAUGGAAAAGGAAACUUCACGCAGGAGGCCAGCCUGACCAGGCAGCGAUACGGCGAGCGCACAGCGGAGACCGCCGCUGCAGCGAGAGCCGCUCUGUCAUUGGCCAAACGCGACCUGUACAGGUGUGACCCGCCACAACACAAGGAAGGCGAAACGUACGCAGAGGUGACCCGAUUCCUCCAGGGUUAUGUGGAGAACGAGGUGAAUAUGAACUCGGACCGUACGUGCCGUGACAACUGCGCUUACUACACGGUAGCCGAGAGACACAACUGCUUAAGUGGCACUUUCUGUGAAAAACAAACUAAAUGCAAUGGAAGGAUACUAGAUUGCCAGUAUAUAGACUCCGAUAUGUGGGUUUGUCCGGCGAACAGUUACCACAGUAACCGCCGAUACGAGUGGAUAGAGUACGAGAACGGGCGGAUCUUUGGCAGAGUCGGCAGCUGCGCGAGUGGCACAACCAAGGUGGAUUCUUGGUGGCGGUGGUUGUUCUGGCACUGCUCGUACUGCAUGUGCCUGUGCGACGAAGCCAACGAAAAGUCAGAUCGCUACUUCAGCCUUUGGCCUUCAACGUCCGAUGUCAAAAAUAACAAAGUAGUGACUGGUCUGCGUAUAGUGAAGUCGGGGCGAGUAUUCCACCUUCAAAUAAGUGAAGGCACGCUCGGUGAACGCGGGGUCAUAACACCAGGGGACUGGGUGCCAGUGCAGAAGUUCGAUCCCGACGAUCCGGGAACGACUCUCGGAACAGAUUACCACAAGCUGACGUACGAGAAAAGAGCUAUAGACUUGGACGAGUUGGACUCGCCGGCGGGACACGUAUUGACAGGAGUCAAGUUCACAUUGGUCGGUGCACAUUUGCACUUCGAGAUUAGGGCGACGCCGUUUAAUUACGCGACCGGACGAUUGUCUCCGGAGAGGAGUUAUUGGAUAGGCAACGAUAACACAGACGUUGCCGAUAUGCCAAGAAAGCGUCUAGAGUUGUAUCGUCCGGAUAUACCAACUCGCAGUCACACCCCGCUGUCAGUGGACUCGACACAUGACCAGUACGUGGAGUUCACGCACACGGACUUGGAGGCGGACGCGGCGCAGAGCGCAGUGCCGUUCAUUGAUAUACAACCAGUCUCGCCUAUGAAAGGCGGCGGUCUGUUAAGCGGUGCGGGCAUCAUACAUCGCGGUAUAAAAGGCUCCGGCGGAUUCAUAGCAGUGAAAUUGUUUACGUACGAUUACUCCGCCCACAUAAAGGCGGAACCGCCCACUAGCGAGUUCGACGAGGAAGCGGACACGACAGAGUUCGCAUCAAUCAUCAACUAGCAUCGUAUUAUAUACUCAUUUUUUAUAUGUAACUAAUGACUUUCUAAUAUAAUUAAAAGCUCAAGAUUCUAAAUACGUGUAAAAAUAAUUCCUAGCAAAAACCAAAGGUCAUACGGUAAUGUCUAAAUUAAAUAGUAAUUGGUAGUGACAGAUAUUGUGCUAGAAUUCUAUUCUGUUUAAUGAAAAUAUUAAAGGUCAACAGUACACCAGGUCACCACAAAAUGUUAAACUUUGUAGCCUAUUUUGAACUUUGGGCAAAUAAAUUGAUAAUUUUGAAUAAUCUGAUGGAUUUAUGACUAUACGAUAUUAUAUUGACAGGAUUUUCAGUGUAAUAAAGAUUAAUUAUCGGUAUACAUAUACAGUGACCAUGAUAUUUUGUGGGAUUGUGUGACAGUAAUCGUAAGAAAAAGAGUAGUCGAAGCAUAAAAUAUGGUAUAAAUAGAGGAAUGUGCCAUGUUUGAGCUAUUAUUUAUGCGAUGAUAUUUAUCGAUAUAUAUUAGAGAGUCAUUGUGUGUAACGUAGUGAUAAUAUUAUAUUUUUUUUUAUAAGUAAACGUCUAAUAUUAGGCUCAACGCCAUCAUCGAUUUAUUUGUAGUACGAUUGUUUAAUUUUGUAAAUAUAAUUAAGGCAUACGCCGUGAUAAUUGCUUUUUCAUUUAACAUCGUAGCCCUAAAAUUAAUGUUUCUUUGUCCUCCCUAUAGAGGAGAUAAAUUUCUACCUCAAUUGUGCACCCCACUAUCUAUUUGCCUCCACAUCACCCCAAGGUUGACUAGUAGAAAAUACCUAUACUCCAUUCACUAUAACAUUAGAAAAAAGAGGGUCAUAGAAGCAGCAGUGCAGAACAUUUUAUUUUCAAGAUAAAUUUAAAAAAUCU